AUAGAGUUGAAAAAAUAGUCAUUAAAAUUUGCCUAGAAUUUGUACAACAACCUAUAUUUUGAAAAAUCUCUCCAAACUUAAAACGAACUAUAAUUUAAAACGGUGGGAGUAUUCUUUUGACCAUUUAAUACCAAACAUUUGUAUCCAACCCUCUCUCCUCUUGCCACAUCCUAGGAAUAAAAAAUGAUAAGCAAAAGUUUCAAACAAAAGUUCCCAUGGAAGAAGGUGAAAUUAAUCAUUCUGCUUCGUCGAACAAGGUUAGUGGUCAAAACCAUGAAAUUGCUCCUGUACAAGAUGAUUCAUGUGUUAAUCUUUUGGAAAAGUUAUCCAAUAGCAAAAUUGUUCAAAUUGGGGACGGAUCUAGUAGUAAAAAGUCGAUGGGAAAGGAGGUCAAUGAGGAAAUUCGGGUUACACAAGAUACUGGUGUUUGGGGGAAACCUAACCCUAGUCUAACACAGGGGAUUGACCGUAAAUUGGAGUUCAUAGAGCCUACUAAAAAGCAUGAUAGAGUCAUAGCAAGGAUUCAGAAAGAUGAAAUUCAAGUAGCCCUAGAAUAUUGGAAAACUUCAAUCAUCUGCUACAUGUUGGGAGCCAACCCUCCCUUUUUUGUUGUCAGUGGCUAUCUUUGUAGGAUUUGGGGCAAACUGGGUAUAGAUAAAAUCCUGUUAAUGGAUAAUGGUGUUUAUAUUGCAAGAUUCAAAUCUAUGGCAGCUAAGGAAGAGGUACUUAGAAGCAAUAUUUACCACUUUGAUCAUCACCCCUUAAUUGUUAAGGAUUGGUCUGUGGAAGAGGGAUUUAAACUGGAGGAUGUUAAAAUGGUUCCAGUUUGGGUGCAAUUUUCUAAACUACAACUCAGGUACUGGACUGCUAAAACCUUGAGUAGGAUUCCCAGUGUCUUGGGGAAACCGUUGGAAUUAGAUGAGUUGACGGCAACGAGGAACAGAGCAGCCUUUGCAAGAAUCCUGGUAGAAAUGCCAAUCAGGGAUCAUAUGCCGGAUGCAGUUUGGUUUGAAGACGAGAAUGGUAUCCUUCAAGAACAGAAAAUUAAGUACGAGUGGUUGCCGGUUAAAUGUGGUAACUGUGCAGGAUAUGGUCAUGAAAUUGCUGCUUGUAGGAAGCCAGUUCAGAAGACAUGGAAAGAGAGGAAUUCUCCAAGUCCAAAACAACUUGAAGAGCAUGAUGGAACUAAGACUGCUAAAACUAAGACUGUUGCUCAAGAAGCAAAGGAAGAAGAGCAUAAGGAGACUACUACUGCAACAAAACAGAUCACAAGAACUCUCAAUUCAGGAAUAAAGAAUAGUGGCAAACUGCAAGUGACUAAUAGCAGUACACAAGUGGAUGGGAAGCAGAGCUUGUCACGUAAAGAGUAAAUCGGCGCUAAUACACGUAUUAGUAGACAGAAGCAAGGAGGUCGAUUAUCGGUUCAUGAAGCUGGUCACCCUGAUCCAGGGCCUAGCAAACAUGACGAACCUACUUAGUUGGAAUAUAAGAGGGCUGAAUAGCCCUCUGAAACAUAGAGAGAUAAGCAACUAUCUCUCCAGAAAUAAAGUAGGUAUAGUAGGGCUUCUUGAAACAAAGCUAAAUGAAGAGAAGGUAAAAGAGUUAAUGGAGAUAAAAUGGAGUCAGUAUAAAUAUAUCAGCAACCAUGGGAUUACUACUAAGGGAAGGAUCCUUUUAAUAUGGAAGGAAGAUGAAUAUCAGAUACUUGAACUACGUAAAGAGCAUGAAUUCAUCCAUAGCUUGGUGAAGAGAAUAGAUAGUGGAGCUGAAUUUUUACUAACAACAGUUUAAGCAGACCAUCAAUCGCAGGGAAGAACACACUUGUGGGAUUACUUAUUUAGUCAAUCUGGUCAAAUAGACCAACCUUGGCUAAUAAUAGGUGAUUUCAAUUGUAUAUUGAUGCCGGAAGAGAAGACAGGAGGUGUUGCAAGCCUAAGUGGUGACUCUGGAAUGUUUCAACUAAUAAUUGACAGUUGUGAGUUGCUCGAGAUGAAAACUAUUGCUAAUCAGUACACUUGGAGUGAUAGGCAAAUGGGCUAUAAUAGAAUAUCCUGCAAACUUGAUAGGGCUCUCAUCAACGAGAAUUGGCUUGAUGCGUACCCGGAUGCCACAGCAAUGGUGCUUCCCCCUGGAAUCUCAGACCAUAGCCCCAUAUUGCUAAAAUGGAAGCCUGAAUUGGCACCUGCUAAGAAGCAAUUCCGUUGCUUUAAUAUGUGGACUUGCCACCCGGAAUUUGCAGAGGUUGUGAAGAAGGUAUGGAACAAAAAGGUGGUUGGCACCUUUCAGUAUCAGCUCUUCAAAAAGCAGCAGAUGCUCAAGCCUCAACUGAAGGAUUUCAACAGGAAGUACUUCAAUGAGAUUGAGAACAAGGCUCAACAGCUCAAGGAGGAACUAGAGGGAAUUCAGAAGCAAUUGGAUUUGGACAAUCAGAAUGCUGAUCUGUAACAAAAGGAAAAGGAAUCUCUUGGGCAGUACAUAAUAGUCAGCAAAGCAUUGCUCAGUUACUGGCAAUAAAAACUUAAGGAGCAGUGGACUAAUGAAGGUGAUGUCAAUUUGAGGUUCUUCCAUGCCAGAAUCAUGUCCUACAUCAAUCAGCAGAGAGAGCUAAUAGAACAGCGAGAUCAGGUACAAAAUCAUUUCAUCAACUAUUAUGAAAGUUUGUUAGGUACAAUAACUUCUAGAACACCGGCAAACUGUGAGGGUUUUAAUUCAGGGUUCAAACUGUCUGUAGACCAGCAGAUACUCCUGAUUAGAAACUUCACAUUUGCCGAUUUGAAAGAUGCUGUUUUCAGUAUAAACCCUAAUAAAUGUGCUGGGCCGGACAGAUUUAGUUGUGGAUUUUAUAGAGAAGCCUGGAAUAUAGUGGGGGGAUAUAAGUAGAGUUCAGGUCAAAUGCUAAAACAGUACAAUGCUACUCUAAUCUCACUGAUCCCAAAAACUAAUGUCCCGAAGGAUGCUACUGAGUUUCGACCCAUAGCAUGCUGUAAUACUAUUUAUAAAAUAGUCUCUAAGCUGAUUAGCAAAAGACUUAGCCUUGUUUUGCCUAAUCUUGUUGAUAUAAAAGGAGCUUUUGUAAAGCAAAGGUCCAUCUUACAUAAUGUGAUGCUAACUCAGGAGUUAAUACGCCUUUAUAGAAGGAAAACAGUUAAAUCUAGUUGUUUAAUGAAAGUGGACCUCAAGAAGGCUUUUGAUUCAAUUCAUUGGGACUUUAUCGUUGAAAUGCUGGAAAGUUAUCAUUUUCCUCCAAAGUUUAUUGGAUGGGUCAUGGAAUGUAUUAGUACUUGUAGUUAUUCCCUUAAUUUAAAUGGAAGCAGCUGUGGUUUUUUCCAGGGUAAGAGGGGAUUAAGACAAAGGGACUCCGUCUCCCCUCUUCUGUUUACUUUGAUUAUGGUGUUUCUGAACAGGCUGUUUAAGCGUAAGUAAGUGAAGGAUAUAAAUUUCAUCAAUUCUGUGAGAAACUCCAAAUUACUAACCUGAGUUUUGCCGAUGGUCUUAUCAUUAUGUGUGAAGCUGAUUUACAUGUUGUUAUGCAAAUUAAGUCUGUUUGAGACCAGUUUGCAAGCACAACUGGGUUGACUGUUAAUGUCGCAAAGUCGAACCUUUACUUUGGAGGAGUUCCAGGAAGCAUUCAAGAGAAAAUCCAGCAGCUUAUGGGUUUCCAGAUUGGUGCUUUCCCCAUAAGAUAUCUGGGAGUACCAAUCUCCCCUACUGCCUGGUCCCAAGAUGAUUGUCAGCAGGUGGUGGAUAAAAUCACCAAAAGAUUGAAGUAUUGGUCUACCCGUAGCUUGUCUUAUGCUGGCAGGUUGACUCUUAUAAACUCUGUACUUUUGAACCUGCACUCCUAUUGGUCUGGAAUCUUUUUGCUUCCUCAGUCUGUUAUCAAAAUUAUUGAAAGGCAUUGUCAUGAGUUUCUAUGGGGGAAAGGUGAAACAAGGAGAAGUAGGGCUUUAGUGGCUUGCGAUGAGAUAUGCAAGAAGAAGUCUGAUGGUGGUUUGCAUAUAAAAAAAACAGGGCUCUGGAACAAAGCCUUGGUUGCAAAACAGCUAUGUAACUUGGAGCAAAACAAGGAGAGUCUUUGGAUUCGAUGGAUCCAUUCUUAUUACUUGAAGACGAAAUCUAUUUGGGUUUACAAGCUUGCAGCAGAUGUCAGCUGGCAUUGAAGGAAGCUUAUGAUCAUCCGAGAUGAGUUUUGUCCUGCUGUGGUCAAUGGCAAAUGGACAGGAAACAGCAAGAAGACAUAUACAGCCAGUAGUGGUUUCAGCUGGCUAAUGGGGAAGCAGACCAAAUACAGAGCAGCAAAGAUCAUCUGGAUCCCCCUCUCAAUACCAAAGCACAGUUUUAUUAUGUGGUUGGCCCUAAAAGAUAGACUAUCUAUACAGGAAAGGUUGCAGAAAAUGAGCUUGCUGAGGACACCACAGCAGCGUGAGUUAUGCUCAGCUGAUGAAGAAUCCAUUGAUCAUCUAAUGUUUCAAUGUGAUUACUCUCACAAGCUGAUCAAAUAUCUCAUGGAAUGGCCAGGGAUGAAUCUCAACUUGUACUGUUUGAGGAAUGCACUUAAAAACUUGCUGAGGAGAUGGAGGCAUCAAAGAGCAAGGCAAAACUUGGUAUAUGCUAUGAUUAAUGCUGCUGUGUAUUUUGUAUGGUAUGAAAGGGAUUGCAGGAAAUUUCAAAACGUGAAGAAGGAACCAGAGGAGAGAUUCGGGGAGAUUAAGGCACUGCUGAUUUCCAGAAUUCAGUAUUUUUGUAAAGUAAAAGGAAAACUUGCUUAUGAUGCUUUCUUAGGUUGAUUCUAUUUGUAAAUAUGUUUUUAUAAUAGAUUUGGUUGGCAGGCAUGUAAAUGGUUGAGCUUUCACAGUUAUAUAUAUUUACCCUUAACC